CUUCUUCACUUCGCACUGAGUUUUGAACUUGACCAAAUGGCUUCUGCCAGUCGAAUCGUUAUUAAAAGACUCGACCACUUAGUUUUGACUGUCCAAAACAUCGGUGCCACUGUGUCCUUCUACAAUAAAGUAUUGGGCAUGGAGCUCGUAUCUUUCAAAGGGGAUCGCAAGGCUCUUCGUUUUGGUCAGCAGAAGAUCAACCUCCACGAAGCCGGCAAGGAGUUUGAGCCCAAAGCCCAACACCCUACCCCGGGGUCAGCGGACAUUUGCCUGAUCAGCGAGACGUCCUCGGAGGAUGUGGUUCGUCAUUUGGAGGUCUGUGGGGUGCCAGUGGUGGAGGGACCAGUGACACGCACUGGUGCCCUGGGACCCAUCAGGUCCGUCUACUUUCGAGAUCCCGACAGGAACCUGAUUGAAGUCUCCAAUUAUGAAGAUGGCAACUAAGAAAGAGGACAAACUGAAGAAAAAGUGACUAAAGGCCCACAUCUUAGUUUUACUGACAAGCAGUAACUUUGUGAAAAUGCCUCAUUUUGGACGAUGAGAGUCAGAGAACUGACAGGAAAUUUGUCUUCAUGGACAAAAUCUUAAAGUCCAGAAUCUUCAAAGUUUCUAGAAUGGAACCCUUUAUUAACAUGCUUCAUGAGAAUAUUUCAGUUUAAUUUAACUAAAUGAUGUAGAUAAAUUGUGUAACUUUAUUUCUAAAAACUGAGCCUGGCUUUUCCUUGUAGUUUUUUGUAUAAAUUGGCAUACAAAUAUAUCUUCAGUUAAAUGCACAGAAUGAAUUGCAAUACAUUUGAUUUGCUGCAAUCAUCCAAUUGUUUUCUCACCUUAAUUUUUUAAUUUUAAAUUCCAUUGGUUCAGAAGAUCUUUAUAACUAGAUCUAGACCAUUGUGUAUAUUUGUGCUUCAUUUAAAGCUUUAACUUUAGUAACAAGUGUGUUUUAUUUUCACAAAGUUUACAAUUAAUUCACAGGAGGACUUUAGAGAGUUUAGGGGCGGGCUAUAGAAAUCUCAACUUCCGUUCCACCCCCCCCCCC